CAGUUCCUCCCCCUGCUCUUGCCUGAGCUGCUGCUGACUUCUCACUUGCUGAAACGAGACGGUAAAAAGUGGCUCUGGCAGGCUGAGCAGGGCCAGGGCCUCGGCCAUUCUCAGCUGGGAGAACCAGAUCGCACUCUGUCUGUAGCAUCUCCUGCAUGUCCAGCUGCCCUGAGCUGUCUCAAGGUAGGUGACAGUGUGUCACGCUGCCACCAUGAAUGAGGUGUCUGUCAUCAAAGAAGGCUGGCUCCAUAAGCGCGGGGAAUACAUCAAGACCUGGAGGCCUAGGUACUUCCUGCUGAAGAGUGAUGGCUCCUUCAUUGGCUAUAAGGAGAGGCCCGAGGCUCCUGACCAGACUUUACCCCCUUUAAACAACUUCUCUGUAGCAGAAUGCCAGCUGAUGAAGACAGAGAGGCCGCGGCCUAAUACUUUUGUCAUACGCUGCCUGCAGUGGACCACGGUCAUUGAGCGGACCUUCCAUGUAGACUCUCCAGAUGAGAGGGAGGAGUGGAUGCGGGCCAUCCAGAUGGUUGCCAACAGCCUCAAGCAGCGAGUCUCUGGUGAGGACCCCAUGGACUACAAGUGUGGCUCCCCAGGUGACUCUUCCACACCCGAGGAGAUGGAAGUGGCAGUCAGCAAGGCACGGGCCAAAGUGACCAUGAAUGACUUUGAUUAUCUCAAACUCCUCGGCAAGGGCACCUUUGGCAAAGUCAUCCUAGUGCGGGAAAAGGCCACGGGCCGCUACUAUGCCAUGAAGAUCCUGCGGAAGGAAGUCAUCAUUGCCAAGGAUGAAGUUGCUCACACGGUCACGGAAAGUCGGGUCCUCCAGAACACCAGGCACCCUUUCCUCACGGCACUGAAGUAUGCCUUCCAGACACACGACCGCCUGUGCUUUGUGAUGGAGUACGCCAACGGUGGGGAGCUCUUCUUCCACCUGUCCCGGGAGCGAGUCUUCACAGAGGACAGGGCCCGGUUUUAUGGUGCAGAGAUCGUCUCGGCUCUUGAGUACUUGCACUCACGGGACGUGGUGUACCGUGACAUCAAGCUGGAAAACCUCAUGCUGGACAAAGAUGGUCACAUCAAGAUUACUGACUUUGGCCUGUGCAAAGAGGGCAUCAGUGAUGGGGCUACCAUGAAAACCUUCUGUGGGACUCCGGAGUACCUGGCGCCUGAGGUCCUGGAGGACAAUGACUACGGCCGUGCCGUGGACUGGUGGGGGCUGGGUGUGGUCAUGUAUGAGAUGAUGUGCGGCCGCCUGCCCUUCUACAACCAGGACCAUGAGCGCCUCUUCGAGCUCAUCCUCAUGGAGGAGAUCCGCUUCCCGCGCACGCUUGGCCCUGAGGCCAAGUCCCUGCUGGCCGGAUUGCUGAAGAAAGACCCCAAACAGAGGCUUGGUGGGGGGCCCAGUGAUGCGAAGGAGGUCAUGGAGCACAGAUUCUUCCUGAGCAUCAACUGGCAGGAUGUGGUACAGAAGAAGCUGCUGCCACCAUUCAAGCCUCAGGUCACUUCUGAGGUUGACACGAGGUACUUCGAUGACGAGUUCACCGCCCAGUCCAUCACAAUCACACCCCCGGACCGCUAUGACAGCCUGGGCUCACUGGAGCUGGACCAGCGGACGCACUUCCCCCAGUUCUCCUACUCGGCCAGCAUCCGCGAGUGAGCCGCCGCUGUCGCCAGAGGACACACCAGUGGACGCUGUCCAUCACCUGGGUGGCUUUUUUAAGAAAACCUUUUUAUUUUGCCUUUUUGGUUUGUGUUCCCAUCCCUCCCUCCAGUUCCCAGUAUCUCCUUCAGUCCUUGCCUGCCCUCCCCCCGCACCCCUGUAGCCAUCCCCACCACCUCCCUCUGUGCCCAGACCAGUGCUGGAGGACUGGCCACCUUCUGCCCUGAUGGCUGCUGGGAGGACAGAGCUUCAGGUCUUUCAUCAAUACCAGCCCUGGAGAGGGCAGAGCGCAGAGCUUAGGGGUUGGCCUGGAUUUCUGGCUGAGCGUUCACAGGCGCUGCCUGCGCUGCUGCUUCUGGGGAGAGGCUGCUUCCAGACGGCCACAGGAGAUGAUGCCCAUGGCCUUCUGUGUCCUGGGCCUGGCUCGAGGGCCUUAGUCCACCCAGUGCCACCCCAUGGGGGCAAAAAAGCAAUAAUGUCCAGGGAUAGGCAGGGGGCCUUUGAAAGCUAUGGGACCAGGGGUUGGGACUCCUUGGACCUGGGUUGUAGGGAACCAGGAAGGGGGCCACCCUCCUCCCCAAGCUGCUCUCCUGACUUGUGGAUAAAGCAGGAGCCACUUUUGGGGCAGUCUGCCUGCCCCGCCCCCAGCCCCGUGCCUUACUAGGGCUUCUGUCCAGCAGGCCUUUCCCUGCUGGACCCUAAACCUGUUCCAGCCCUUUAGGAGCUAGGAUUGCCCCUCCUUUCUGCCUGGGGCAGAGGGGCACCAGCCUCAGCUGUUACACAUCUCUCACAGAGACAGUAUUGGGCCCAGUGGACUAUGGUUGAGGAGGGAGUGUGGUGGAUGUCUCCAGUACAUACUGGGGUGUCAGGCUCCCUCGCCCCCUCCCUGCCUCCAGGGCCACGUUCUGAAGCCUUAAGGUGAACAUGAGCAAGCGUCUACAUCCCUGCUGCGGACGGAGUCGUGGCUGUCCCUGCUUCUGGGAUGCAGGCGCACGUGGCUGUGUGUGCGCGUGUGUGAGGGCAGUGUGUUCAAGCCCUCGAGUGUGCGUGGUAUGUGUGGGUUGGGCCCCACCAGGCCCUGAGUGCUUCAUCCUUCCUGUGGGGGGGGGUGUCUUGCUGCCCUUCCCCUUCCACUGCCCCCUCCCUGUCCUGGGGUGUUUGGAAUUUAGUUUUUGUGAUUUUGAGUUCCCUGUUCCACCUCUUGUACUAAGCAGUUCUCAGAAAGGCAUGUGGGGGGUAAGGGUGGCUUGGGUCUGGGGGUGUCUUUUUUUUCCUUUCUGUGUGUGUAUGUGGUUUAUCUGACAACUCUUCCCACUCUCCCCCAGCCUUAGUCCCUGUAUUUGUACGGUACGAGCAAUAAAGACACUCAUUUCAGAA